AUGGCUGAUCUUGAUGAUGAUUUGGACACAGAAGAAUCGGAAAACAGUGGUACACAAGCAUUUUACACCGUAAAGAUUUCAAAGCCAAUGAAGAUGAUGAUGACCGAUAUUAAUGACGCACUUGAUCGACGUGAUCUGGCACACCUAAUUGCAACUAAAAUAUUCCUCUCAAUGGCUCUGUGCCGUUUCGCUUGGUACAAACUACCAUUUUUCGCCGUUAUACACGCAUUAUUCUGGCUGCCAACCACGUAUCUGAUCGCGAUUUCCAAUGACCAUAUUUCACCAGUCGUAUCAUAUGUAAGAGCAAUAUAUCGCGCACUCAUCGAAGAUAAAUAG